AAAAUCUUGGGGAUUCCUUAGCUAUCGAUAUGUGUGGUUGCGGCACGAUCAAUAGCUAAUCAUCGACUGCUAUUCGUUUUUAAAAACCAUAAUAGUGUGCGGUACAGAUAUACAUCGUAUUCAACUUGUAUCUUUGAUUCAAAAUGGAAAUUAAAAAAGAACCUGAAGAGACAAAGGAAGCUGAGAAGCAGGGGGAAAGUCAUGAAGGGGACGAUAGAAAACUACCAGCUUGGAUGCUAACAUCAGAUGAAACUACAACCGAAAACGAGGAGGGUCCCAAAAGCCCGCCGCCUAGCAGAGAUGAAAAAGACUCGGAUAAAACUGAAUCAGUUGAGAGUACAUCAGAGAAUAAGCGAGUUGCUUGCAAGUAUGGAGAACAUUGUUACAGAAAAAAUCCUAUGCACAGAGAAGAGUUCAGCCAUCCAGGAGAUGAUGACUACAGUCCAGCUCCCAUUAAAGAGGAAGAUGGUACUCAACAAGAUGGUAACGAUAACAGGCCUGAAUGUCAAUAUGGUACUUCGUGCUAUCGACAAAAUCCACAGCACAAGAGAGAUUUCAAGCAUACCCAGCCACCAUCUACAGAUGAGCCAGCAACAAAAAAGCCUCGCAAGACAGUAAAAAGAAGGCGCCUUUCAGAAGCAGAUUACGAAUCAAGUGGCGAAAACGAGUAUGACCUCAGUGACCCUUUCAUUGAUGAUAGUGAAGCGGAUGAAGAGAAUAUUGAAGACGAAGGUGAUGAAGAUUACGUACCUGAUGUUGAUGACGAAGUCGAUCAAGAUCUUUUGAAAGACGAUCAGUGGAAGGCGUCAGCCGAUGAUCCCCCAGAAGUCUUGGAGCUGCUGAAGGAUGCUAGAGACUAUUUGAGAAACAAAAAACUGUAAAUAACAUUUCCAUUUUAUCAUGAUUUGCAUUCUCAUUUUUAAAAAGUCGUUAAAUAUCAUCAUUGCUCGUAAUUGUGUAACUGAACUUUCCCAAUGAUGUGCCUUUCCCAAAAAUAUUUUAUGGAUAUCUUUUGCUGUAUUGCUGUUCGAUUUUCCCGCUGUCUCUAUUCUGUACAUGAAGGGUUUUACCUUCUCAUUUCAUUAAUUUUUACUACUAGUGUUCAACAAUCGAGUUCAAUAUAUCAAUCAAAAAUAAAA